GUGGAGGGAGGAGGAAGAUCCCAAUUCUCCCCGUGAUUCUCUCCGUCCGCGCGCACAUAUUCCGCCGAGAUUAUUUUUCUCCAUGGUAAUUGCGAACGUCUUUAUUAAGCGUAAGAAACGAUAUUCAAUAUAACUAAUUAUAUCGUAUUAAUAAACUACAGUUAAAUCCGAAUACGCCAAUCGCGAGACCGGCGAGACUUUGCGGUUAGAAAAUAUCAGAGAAAAAUCGAUAACGAUCGAACGAGUUUGAAAGAAGUAUGUAAUGAAGUUUGCCGGUUAAGUUAUUCAACUGUGAAUUGCAGCUUGCAAGUGGAGUCGGUUUACCGCGUCGCUCCUCGCGUCGUCCGUGUCGAUCCGUGUUUCUUUCCCUUUUUCUGAGUUUCCCUGUGCUGAGUUAUACGUCGAUUGGUAGAUUAAUAAUCAUAUGAUGUAGAAGUUCGUGUGACGCUGGCGCACAUACGUUAUAAGAUGUACGCGAUAGAUAUAUCCGCGAUACGUGAUCGAGUCGUAGCAAUUUCCGUGUGCGUAGUGCGAGGUUACCCGUGUCCCGCGUCGCCAUUUUCUCAAAUUAUUUCGUGUCUUUCGGAGGUGUCUUCUCUCCUGACGUAAAAUCGCCAUAUUGAUGAAUUAUAUUGGAGAAUGUGAGUUACGUUUGGCAGUAUAAGAGCUUGUGUAACACCAAUGCAAAUAUAUAUGUGAAAUAAUUUCUCCUGGGACCUGGCGUAAGAUCGUCCUAACAUUGGCGGCAUUGAUCGAAAUCGAGGAGAGAAGAGCGAGGAAGUGCAAGGCGCGCAAUCGAAAGAGCGAUAAAUCAUCGCGGUCGACACUGGACGCGUCCAUGCCGUCGGUGUUUUGGUUUCGACGCUGCGGGGGAGACGGCUUCCCGCGGAGGCGCCCUUUAUCCGUCGAACCGAGAGCCGAGAGUGCCGAGAGGCCGGCAUCGCCGGAUAAAGGGUAGAGGCGUCUGCGUCCCGCCGAGCGUCGUCGGUACCCGUCAUUCAUCGUGCUCUUUCAACGAGCGUCCGUGGUCUCCGAUCCGGUAACGAUUACUCGCAUAGUACUAAUCACGGUACUAAAUGCCGUCAAGCGCCACGCGAAAAACCACGCCGUACAGACAGCUAUGCAGCUAUGCAACAUUACGGAAAUUCGGCGAGAUGGCCAUCAAAAGUCAAGAUAGAUGAUCAACCGGAUCUGUCCAGAACUUUCAUUGACAAUCAUCAUGCAAUAAUGCGCGGCGAUUACGAUUUUAUUGGAGCGACAGACGGCAAUUUCUAGCGAAAUCUUCAGGAAAUAAAGCGUCGAUUGGAUUUCGAGGAGAACUCAGGAAAAAGCAUCAGAUUUUACUGCAAGAAAAUUCUACGUUCGUCCCUGAGGGGUGAAUACGCGACAGCAUCCCAUGCAUGACCGCUAUAUAAAUAGGUGAAACUUGAGAAAUUGGAGAGCCACUUUUGUGUCAUCUCUACGUUAGAACGUACGCUCGUCGAACUACUUGCAACGUCAACAUAACUUUCGUACACUCAAUAUCCGGAACGUUUGGAGUUCGGCCGUCAAGUGGAAUACUCGCGACGAUGAUGCACGUUCUAAUUCUCUCUGUCAUCCUCGGUGUUUGUCGCGCGCUGGCGGAGAAAAGUGAAUACACGACAACGACCGAGCAUCCGAAGGGACUCGCCAGUUCGGAGGACCGAUUCCUGGUUGACGUCGUCCACGGUAAAAACACGUCGGAGCUCGUCCUCGGUGACGUCGAUAAGGAGGAGACGAAGAAAACGGACAAAAAACCGAGGACCGUCCUGCAUCGCGAAUCGAGUCUUGAAAGAGGUUCCAGCUGCUGCGGCUCUAAAUAUGGUUCCAACGGAUUGGCACGACCGGAUUAUAAUUACAACAAGAUCCCUUUAGAGAGCGGACGGUAUCCCUCCCAAUACGGCGAGCGACACCCUAUUGAGAGGUACGGAUGGCAAACCCAAGGUCGGCCCCCAGGUCCCAUCGGAGGCGGCGGCGGCAGGCCCGGUGGAGGAAGCGGAAGCGGAGUCUACGCAGGAAGUCAGUUGGGAGACAGGUACGGGCAGCGUCCGCACGCAAGUGAAACCGCUAAUAGACCCAGCGCUUUGGGAUAUGGCUCGGGAAAUACUGGAGGAUACGGUUAUGGUGCUAGUGGUUACGGGGGCUAUGGCAGACCAACUGGACAUGGAGGUCCGACCGGUGGCUACGGGGUUACGGGAACGUUGGCCGAUGGUGACGAAUUCGGUCCCGCCGACCCAGCUUAUCCGGAUGCUAGCGUACCGCAGGGAAACAUUCACGCGCAAAAGGCCAUAGCGUUGAAAGCUCUGGCGGGCGUUGCGCUGAUCGGGGCAGCCGCGGCGUUAGCUUCAAACCCGGUUCUUCUGCCAAUCGGCAUCGUGACCGGCGGCAGAAGGAAAAGAUCGGAAACUUUCCCGGCGGAGGAGCGGCCUGACGUCCAAAUGGAUUACAUUUUAUACAUGCUGAAGCAAAACUUAGCUAAGAUACAACGGGAUGGCUCCAGCAACAAACUGGUUGUAUCUCCAAGAUGCGUCGCCAGAUUGACCUGCGAGAUCCAAAAGGAUUACCUGUCCGAUCUCGAUAACAAGGACGUCGAGGUCUUGAGCGCAAACCGGAAAUAUCACCUUACCAAUCUGAUACGAAACAACGUGCUUAAUACCCGUACCGUGCGAUCGGACGUGAAGGAUCUGAUAAAUCGAGCUGUCGGCGUAGCAUCGGAGAACGAGAGCUGUGACGUGUUCGCCUGUAAUUACAUAAGGAAAGGUUGAGAGCGUGAUUUUUUGUAACCCUUUUGUAACAUUCAUUACUAACACUCAUCCCUACCGUUUGACAAAGGAGAAUGUAAUGCAUACACGCAGAAAUAAAGUCUCUUCGUGCGAUCGUAGUGUCGCAACUUGAGAA